AUGGGGGAAAAGCUGAAAACUAAAUCAAACCGCCCCGAGCGUUCGAAAUCGCUGCUCCGCCGGGCACGCUGGAGGAGAGGGGGAAAGGGAGAGAGAAAAUCAGCCGCAGCCGCGUUUUCCAAAAAGCCGGAGCGAGCGUUCCUGCUCGCCGUCGCUUCCAAGAAACGGAGAGAACCGGGGAGGAAAAUUGCGGUGAUUCAUCGCGGGCAGAUCGGAGGCAGGAAAUGGGAGUUCGCUGCCUGCCCCGUGCCCGGCGUGGGCUCCGUGGGCUCGGGCUCGCCGGGGCCUGGCUGGUGGCGCGGGCCUGACGCCAGCGGGUCGAGCAUCCCUGCGCCACGGCGGGAGCUGCCGGAGGAGCCACCGGCAAAGGGAAAACAACCAGCGGAGGCCGGGACCCGCAGCACCGGGAAUUUUUCACCUGCGUUUCUCCGGAGCCAUCCAAGCGGGAGCUGCCCGUGGCUGAGUCUCCGUGACACGAGUUGCGCCGGUCUCAGCCCGGCCGAGGGCUGCGAAGCACAAACCCCCUUGGGGUGUCUGGAGAGGGGCCGGGCACAUCCCUUGGUGGGUGCUCUGGCCGAAAAAGCAUCCCCAAACCUGCUGCCCCCAUCGCUGGUGUUUUGGGGAUCACCCCUGAAGGACAGCCACGGGGGUCUCGGAAUGCAGGGACAGCGGGAACAGGGGAUGCAGAGCUGGGAGAGGGGCAGGAUGGGAUUGGAACCUUAA